CCGCGGGAUCGGCGCCGCAGAUCCCCCCUCCGCCGUCACCAUGGCAAACCGGGGACCGUCGUACGGGCUGAGCCGGGAGGUGCAGCAGAAGAUCGACCGGCAGUACGAUCCCGAGCUGGAGCAGAUCCUGGUGCGCUGGAUCCUCGGGCAGUGCGGAGGGGACGUGGCCCAGCCAGCGCCCGGCAGGGACGGCUUCCAGCAGUGGCUGAAGGACGGCACAGUCCUGUGCCGGCUCAUCAACAGCUUGCACCCGCGGGGCCAGGCGCCCGUGGCCAAGAUCCAGGCGUCGGCCAUGGCCUUCAAGCAGAUGGAGCAAAUCUCGCAGUUCCUGCAGGCGGCCGAGCGCUACGGCAUCGCCGCCACCGACAUCUUCCAGACCGUCGACCUCUGGGAGGGGAAGAACAUGGCCUGUGUGCAGAGGACCCUGAUGAACCUGGGCAGUCUGGCUGUGGCCAAGGGCGAUGGGCUCUUCGUGGGAGACCCCAACUGGUUCCCCAAGAAGUCACAGGAGAACCGUCGAGUCUUCUCCGAGGACAAGCUGAAGGAGGGCCAGAGCGUCAUCGGGCUGCAGAUGGGCACCAACCGGGGCGCCUCCCAGGCUGGCAUGACUGGCUACGGCAUGCCCCGCCAGAUCCUCUGAGCGCCUGCCCCGCUGGCACGGCCCCCCCAUGCCCCGCCUGUGAGGGGCCUGGUGGAGCCGGCCUCCAAACUGCCUUAGUCCCCCCCCUGCCAUGGGCCAGGCCCCUGGCCUGGGUGCCCCCCUCCCCCCUGCCAGUAUUUCUGGGACCAAAAUCAUUUUUUUAUUAUUAUUAUUAUUGUACUGGGGGGGCGAGGUGUGGGGGGGGCUGCCGUGCUGCCCUCCUCCCACUCCUGUGCCUGCAUCCCCAAAGUGCCUUGGGGGCCAUGGUGCCCCCCCAGC